AUGAGAGGGCGAUUGGUUUCUUCUAAUCCCGCUGAAGGAGAACAAUACUACUUGCAUCUACUUUUGUCUCAUGUUAAUGUCCCUACAUGCUUCAAAGAUCUCUAUAUGGUCAAUGGCUUACUACAUCCUACAUUUCGAAAAGCAUCUCUAGAGAGAGGACUAAUCGAACACGACGAUAAUCUAUCCCAGUGUUUUGCAGAGGCCUUCGUAUUUCAGUUCCCAAACAUUCUUAGAAGGUUAUUCGCAUUGAUCUUGAUUUAUUGUGAGCCGAGAGAUGUUCGCAAGUUAUGGGAAGAUCAUUAUAAUUCACUUUUUGAAGAUUACAUGCGGGUAAAUAUUGAUGUCAAUUUACAAGAUGGAGGCUUCCGUGAGGUGCAAGAAGAGUACUCGAUAGUUGUCGAAGAUGAACAUUUACAAGCAUGUGAAUCUCUAAACUUAGACCAAAAAUUCGCUUUCGAUGAGAUUAUGAGGCAUGUUGAGAAUGAUUGUCGAAGGAUAUUCUUCAUAGAUGGUCCUAGUAGAACUGGGAAAACCUUUCUGUACAAAGCUUUACUUGUUGAGGUUCGCUCUCGUGGUCUUGUUGCACUUGCGACUGCUUCAUCGGGCGUUGCAACUAAUAACAUGUCGAGGGGAGAACUGCACACUCUCGAUUCAAGAUUCCUCUCAAUCUGUAUAAUAACUCAGUAUGCAACAUUAACAACAAAAACGUUGACUGAUCAAUGGUUUUCAGAAUUCCUAUUGCGAGUUGGUGAUGGAGAUGAAGAAACAAUUGAUGAUACUUUUAUUUGCAUACCUAACAACAUGGCUAUUCCCUACAAUGAUAAAGGUAACUCAACGGAUGCUUUGAUUGAUGCAAUAUUUCCAUCUCUUCAAAUCAACGGAGAUGCUUCAAACUACAUAAUUUCUAGGGCGAUAUUAUCGACAAAAAAUAACAAUGUCAAUGAGAUUAAUAACAAGUUGAUCGAUAGAUUUUGCAGGGAGGAAAAAGUCUACUAUAGUUUAGAUGAAGCACAAGACGAUAAGAACAACCUCUAUCUGAUGAAAUUUUUAAGCUCACUAACUGUUAAUGGUUUGCCUUCUCAUUAUCUCCGGCUAAAAAUUGGAUGUACAAUCAUACUCCUACGAAAUAUCGACCCUUUGAAUGGAUUAUGUAAUGGCAAAAGAUUGAUAUGCAAAUGGUUUCAACACAAUGUCAUCGAUGCCGAAAUAGCAUUGGUCAACAUGCUGGCAAGAGGGUGUUUUUGCUGA